AUGGCUUCAUGGAACGGUCUCCCCGUCGAGCUCAGAGGUCUCAUCCUCGAGCACCUGGCAUUUAGCGCCGUCGCAGAGAGACGCUCAAGAAUCUGGAAGUCUAAGAGCAAACGCCAUGACAUGGGCAGCUACGCCGUGGUGUGUCGACAGUGGCAGGGGUUCAUUGAGAAGAUCAACUUCAGCCAUCUCGAGAUCAGCACCGCCAAAGACCUCGCCAGCUUCGACGAGAUACUCCAGGACCACGCCCGCCGCUCCUACCUUCGCCGCGUCUCACUCCGCGUCGAGCUGCCGCGCUACGCCAACAAGCUCGCCAAGAUACCCGAAACCGACGUCGAGCAGAACGACAACGAAGUCGCCUUCACGCAGGGUAUCUGGAACUUCUUCGACAUCCUGAGCAAAUGGACGCCUUCGGGCUCGGGCUCGGGCAUCGAGCUGGAGCUGAGCGCCGCCUCGCCCAGCGAUAAGAACAAGUACUUUGGCGAGAUGGGCCUCGACCAGGAUGGCAACUCACGCUUCUUCGACCACGACCUCGACUUUUGCUUCAUCACCGCCGGCUGCGAUCAGAUUGGACGCCACGGCUUGCCCGAGGUCUCGGUCAUCAGCAGCUGCCAGGUCUUACGUCGCAACCAUCGCAACUUCUCAUCUCGGGCACUCCUUACCAUUUUCUCAAGUUUGCCUCAGCUUCAGGAAGUUCGCUUUGAGCCGUGGCAUCAAGUCGACAUGGAGGCACAGUUGGAAGUCGACUCAGAUCACGCCCGGACUCUCCCCUUCUGGCCGUCUCACAUCAAGCGGAUCAGCAUCUUUGAGCAUUUUGAUGCCUUUGCCGACGGCGGCGACGGCGAGUGGGAGGAUGCUGAUUCUGGCGAUGAAAUUGAGCCGGAAGCGAACAGCGAAGUUGCCGCUCCUGGUCUCGCCAUGGCCGAGGCCGAAGACGUAGGCGACGUCCCAAGAACCUCAUGCCCCAGCUUGGGCCACAACCUGGGCCAUCUGAGUCUCCAGGCCGAGGAAAUGGCCGUCUCAAACGUGUCUGACGUGAGCGACUUCUUCGAUGGCCUCCUUGCACGCAACCGCGCACCACCCGUGUGGAAGAACCUCCGCCGGCUUGUUUUGACGUCAAAUAUGAUGAUUGACGGUGUCGACUCCGAGCUCAUCAACAACGUCCUUCGCAUGGUGGCUAAUGCUGCGAAAUACAUGCCGGCGUUGCAGAUUUUGGAGAUAUACAAGACCGACCAGUUCGGAGGCGCCGUCUUCCGCUACAGUGUCGAGACAAUGUCGACGACAGCCACUUGGGAGAGCACCUGGGACUUCCGCGUGGAGAAAGAUGUGAAAGCCGCGUGGGCGGAAGUGGCAAAGAGGAACACCCCUCACGAUCUGGAUUUCCUUCCCGAGAUACUCCUGGGCGACUAUCGUGGACCGUACGUCUUCUUUGACGAGAACCUGAAGACGAAAGAACUUGUUCUCCACCCGAACUCACUAGAGGACAUGCUAUCGAAGAAGAUGGACAAGUGCAAAGCGUGCAACGGAUACUGCGCGCAUCCUAAGAGCACGGAGCAGGUCUGGGGUGCGUUUGGAGACGAUGCAUGA